CGUAACCAUUUUCGCGAUUUAUCAAGGCGGAUACACAACACGACAUUCUGAAGUUAGUUUUUCGGAAUACUUAUAAGUCGUACGAUCUCAUCUGAGAGAAAACAACGUACUCUUAUGUUGCUGACAAUUAUUAAUUAUAUUUUAAUUAUUAAUUAAAAUGUCAGAGGUUAAUGGAUUAAACGAAAUAAUUCAUAUCAAUCCGUCACAAAGAAUAUCGCAGAAAACGUCGAAACUUGGCUUGUAUCUUAUCGGGAUAACAGGAGGCAUUGCAACAGCUAUCAGUGUAAUAUGUAUUCCAUUUGUGAGCCCUGCGUUUCGCAAAGUAUGUUUACCUUAUGUACCAGCAACAUCUCAGCAAGUAAAAAAUGUGUUGCAAGCUUUAGAAGGACGUACCGGUUCUUUGAUUGAUCUUGGAAGUGGAGAUGGACGUAUAGUUUUUGCAACAGCAAAAGCAGGAUUUAAAGCCCAUGGGAUUGAAUUAAAUCCUUGGUUAGUAUGGUACUCCAGAUUGAAAGCUUUAAUUAAUAAAUCGUCAUCACAAACCAAAUUUAUAAAACAGAAUUUAUGGAAGCAUAACUUAGAAAAUUAUAACAAUAUCGUCGUAUUUGGUGUUGAUCAAAUGAUGAAUGAUAUUGAAGCAAAAUUUAUUAAAGAGUUACAAGAAGAUUCUAUCAUAAUUGCUUGUAGAUUUCCACUCCCUACUAUAAGUGAAAUAAAAACAAUUGGUGAAGGUGUUGAUACUGUUUGGGUAUAUAAAAUUUCAAAAAGUUUAAAAUAGUAUAAUUAGAUAUAAAUUGAAAUAUUUAUAAAUGUUGUAAAUAUUAUAUAAUUAUAAAUAAAUUAUUCUUUAUAAAUCAU